AAGCUUCUACCUCCAGAAGUCUGGACCCCUCACCAGUCGCUCUCAUGCCACAGAGGACGGGUAUCCUCCAGGCGCCCCCCCACUCCCCCGACAGCUCUGUAUUUCCCGCUGCCCAGGUCCCCUCCCAUGAGGAGAAGAAGAAGAAGAAGGCCUUUGAAAAAUCAGGCUAUGUCCUUGACAUCUCCAGGUCAAUGUUGACAUGCCCAUGGCUGCAAUAUCCAAACAGGACCAAAGAACUCAGAAAAGCUACAGCUCCUGUUCACCUGCCUCUGUCCCGCUACCAGGUGCCACAGGAGGAAUUCCCCCCAAGUCCGGAGUGCUGGAGGCAGCACCCAAGCAAGCCAAACUCGGUUCCUUAUUGCUGCUCGAAGAAGCCUGAAAUCUACAUACACUGGCACACCCUGUAUGGCCAGCGAGAGAAACGGGAGGCCCCAAAGAUGUUGCGGAAAAUAAGAGAUCACCCUAGGUACCUCAAAGAGGAUACCCACAUCGAAAAAUUCCAUCUCUCCAUGAGCAAGUUGACUAUAAAAUCUCAGGUGGGAUCCAAGCCCCUAGAGCCUACCGGGGACCCCUUGAAGUGGCAAAGAUUAAAGGAACUCACAGAAAGCCUGAACUCUCCCAGAGAGGAUGAGCAGUUCUAUGCAGCACAGGCUCUGGGGUGCUUGGGCAUCAGCGACAAGUUUGUCAUGGAGGCACUACGGCAGGCGGCCCAAACUGGUCCAGAGAAAGUGAAGUGUGAGGCCUAUCGAACCCUGGCCAUCCUAGGUUGCCUGAAUAAGCAUGUGAUCCAGUCUUUCAUCAAACAGUUGAAGGGACAAAAUGAGGGUCAAAAGUUGGAGACUUUGGCGGGGCUACGAAUGGCUCUGAACUCCUGGGCUGCUGUCCCUAAAGAUAAGAGGACUCAAGUUGGGGAUGAAGAGAAGCUGGUACCUGUGCUGCAGGCGUUGAUAAAGAAGUCAUCGAAUGAAAUGGCCCUGGAGGCAGCCCUGUGCUUGGGUUUCCUGAAGCCCUACAGCAACAUGGCCCGAGAGUUCUUGUUGCAGUUCCUGUGCAAAGGGCUCAAGACCCAGCGGAUGAAGGCACUUAGGAUGCUGGUCAAGAUGAUGCACGUGUCCUCAGCCGCAGUCAUCAGGGCCAUCCUAGACCAGCUGUGUUCCUCCAGUGUCCUUGACGACCGCUUUGAAGCCACCCAGAUGCUCAAGACCAUUGGGCUGGAACAGAUCCAGGCACAGGGACUGGAGGAACUCACAUUCGACCUGCUCAGGAGGAAGAUACACAAUGAACCCUUCGUCGCUGUGAGGCAGGCUGUGGCCGACACUGUGGAGGAGCUCAAGAUGAAGCCCACGAUGAUGAAGUUGGUGGAGGCGCAACUGCUGACCCCAGAUGCCACCGCACGCAAGGAAGCCGUCAUCUCUUUGGGCGUCCUGGGGAUCCGCAGCCCACCCGUGUUCCACUUGCUCCUGGACAUGCUAGAUACAGAAGACAACCAGGCUGUGAAGAAGAGCCUACAAGAAACAUUAAUCCUUUGUGCCUCAACUGAUCCCUGGAUCCAAAACAAGCUGAAGAACAAGGUUUUCCUCGUAUGCGAGGAACCUGAGGCUAAAGUAAAGGCGGAGCCUACAAGGUUCCGGAAGGAGCCUGAGAACCCAGAAGAGUUAGAUAUCCAAGACUUUCGACUUGCAAAGCUGAACCCCUUGUUUAUUGCCAAGUCCAUCACCAACGGGGACCAAAAGAAAAAGCUGCCUGCUUUCCCGUCCUGUUGCUCUAAACCAAAAAUACACAGGCCACAGGCCACAGGGCCCUGGCAGCCAAAGAUCAGGAAACAGCUUCGGAUCCUUGCUGAAACUGCCAAAUAAGCCAGCUCUCUGGGCCUACCCCCACUGCCUCCCUGAGGACACUUCUCAGGCUCCCCUGGGAAAAUAACCCAUACUUACCCUCUGUGAAUAAACAAUGUCACUCUACCUAGCACA